AUGGAGCAGGCGUCUCGUUUAGCUGCCACCCUCUCCUCGGAGAACAUUGUUGAGGCGCGAGAUGCAAGGACGGAGUUGACACGGCUUAUGGCACCAGAGCGAAUUCUCCACAUGUGGCGCCAGGGCCAACAGGAGGCGGCGGCAGCACUCCUAAACGAGGCGGAAACCGUCGGGAACCACGAUGUGUACGCCGUUUUGGGGGAUGGCUUCAAGUGUCUCUUCGACGCCAGCAAUGGUAAGGCUGAUGCAGAGGACUUCCUUUCCCUGGACACGACGAGCAUUGUUGCCCGUUUUCUGGUGAACGGGGUGUCCCACGAUGAUCUUGUCAGGGCGACUAGUGUGAGGCCGGCUUUGCUGAGCUUGCUAGCUGUUGUGCCGUCUCACUUGGCACCAUUCGUCGGUGAGUUGCUUUCGGCGUCAUUCAAGAAUGAGCGGGUUCUUCGCUUAUUUGAUGAAAAUAAUCCAGAAUCAUCAGAGAAUGAAAUAUUGUGUAAUUUUUUGAAUCGUUACACUGACGUGAUUCCUUUUAUUGCAUCGGCGACAUUAGACGCGUUCGAGCACGACCCACUUCUUGUUGCAAAUUACCUUGCUAUCACCGGCAUUAUCAGUCGUCACAUGGAUCUACCACAACAACUACUCGAAAGGAUCGAAUGGACUCUUACGCAAUGCGAAGAUGAAUUUAUCUUUUGUUUUGUGUGUCGUUCGUGUGCUGUUGCCCUCCGUGGUCAUGAUAGCAAUAAUUUGAGGUUUGCAUCGGUGUGGGGAGAGGCUGCUGCCCGUCGUUUAGGGAAAUGUAGCCACGAUGCUUGUGAUGCCAUAUACAGCGUUCUUGGCGCCGCAAGCACAACGUCUGUCGGAUGGACUACUGCUGGGUCGCUUGUGCGUGAGGAGGAAUUGACGCGCGGAUUGGGCAGCAUUGCUCUUCAAUCCACGGUCCUGAGCUUCAUGAUUGUGCUGGUGCGUUCUCCGCACGUCGCUGACUCAUUUUUUAGUGUACCACUUCUGCGUACAGUAUGGAAGCUGCACAGAAACCCGGACGACGUUGUUCGGGAGAGGUUGUGGGCAUUUGUAGAUGAUGGACUUUCGCGGGAGAGUAUCAUGGUGUCAUUGGCACCGUUGUGUGCCUCAUACUUGUGUUCCCUGCAUCAAGAUGCCAAUUUGACUGUGCGUGGUUUGCAGUUGCAGGUUGCCGGACGCCUUGUGGAUCAUGGUGGUCUUGCGCUGGAGGUGACAGAAAGGCUGCAACAGUUCCGCUCACGUGGCUUGUAUCCUCCCGCCUCGGUUGGUAUAGAGGCGAUGUCGCGCCGUUAG